CGCAUGCGGGGUAGACAGUAGCACGAAAAAAGAAGAAAAAAAUUGAGCCCUUUCGUCAUACACUUCGUGGGUUCAGGUCGGAGGGUUUUCCACCCAUGCGCACUACAGUAGUCGUGGUUGUGAGCAUGCGCGUUGACUAGAGGCGUCCCGGGACCGGAUUCGCGUGCCAAGCCGCGAGCGUGCGCAAUGGCGAGGAGUCGUCGUCUCGUCCCGCCCUCUGGACGGGCACAUUCAGGAGUCGGUCGGGUGAGCGGCGAGCAUGCGCGGUGCACCCGGCCGCUGCGAGCCAGCGAGUUUGUGAGGAAAGAAGCGAGGAGGGCCGGUUGGGCACAGGCGCCGCUUCCGCAGCCCGCGAAGGGAGGGCCGGGCGGCUGACUGGCUGGCUGACACCGAGGGCGAGCAGAGGAGCCGGCGACCCUCCAGACAGAAGCCGUCGCUGAGAAGACCCUGAGAGAGGAAGAGCCGCAGCAGGAGUGGCGGGGGGGGACCGCAGGCGCCGAGACCCCCGCGCCGCCCUCUCCCAUGAAGCCCCGCCCCUUCCCCACAGGCCCCGCCCCUGGCCCCGCCUUCCCUGCUCUUUAGAGCCCCCUCCCUGAUUCCCUUCUCAAGGGGGGUGCCUGAGCUGCCCCCUCCUCCUGCUCACCUUAAUUAUUCCUCUCCCCCCCCAACAGACACACACACUGCUCAGCAUCCCCCCCAUUGGUCCUCCAAGGCAGGGGUAGCAUUUUGCACCCCCGAAAAGCCUUUUCUCCACUCUGUGGUUGCUUCUAGUGGCUAAGGUGAAGACCCCUUGGACCCACCUAGCCCCUCUUCCUCCUCCCAGCAGUGCCGCCCUGUGUGAGGGGGCUUCUUUUGUUGUUGCUGCACCCCUUCCUCUUCCUCCUGCUCCUGUGGAUGCCUGCCUCUCUACUGCGGCCACCAUGGGCAAGGUGCUAUCCAAGAUCUUUGGCAACAAGGAGAUGCGGAUCUUGAUGCUGGGCCUCGAUGCGGCAGGCAAAACCACCAUCCUGUACAAACUGAAGCUGGGGCAAGCGGUCACCACCAUCCCCACUGUAGGUUUCAACGUGGAAACAGUGACUUAUAAGAACGUCAAAUUUAACGUGUGGGAUGUUGGGGGCCAGGACAAGAUCCGGCCAUUGUGGCGGCACUACUACACGGGGACUCAGGGCCUCAUAUUUGUAGUAGACUGCGCUGACCGGGACCGCAUUGAUGAGGCCCGGCAGGAACUGCACCGCAUAAUCAAUGACCGAGAGAUGCGGGAUGCUAUCAUCCUUAUCUUCGCCAACAAGCAGGACCUUCCUGAUGCCAUGAAACCCCACGAGAUCCAGGAGAAACUGGGCCUGACCCGGAUCAGGGAUAGGAAUUGGACAAACUAUUAUUGGACUUCAAGAGAGUUUGGAGGGGAAAAUAAACACUAUGUGGCUUCUUGGGAAAGAAAUGAUUUCCCAUACUAAAAUAUUAAGAAAUUAAGCAUCCAUAGGAUUGUGAUUGCUCACCUCUCCUCCAGUUACCACAGUUUUCUUCUACACACUUGACUGGAUCCCCAAUUUAAUGCAACUCUUGCUUGGUGUUAUGAUGCUCUACUCUUCAACUGUGAAUGGACACAAGCACUAGUUUCUAUGGCAAACUUCCAACAACAUGGGGGGAAAGGACACACAAUGCAUCUUGACAGAAUAACAUUUCUCCUAUCUUGAGAGCCCUUGUUAUGAUGGUUUGACUUCAUUUGUUUGAGUCCUGGGGCUGAGGUAUCACUUUUUCGUGUAUGUGUUCUGAUUCUGUUUCUCUUCCCUUCCCCAUUAUCAUCUGCUGUAGAUUUGCUGCUUCUUGCAACCGUGCAGGAUAUGUUGAUAGGUCUCUGUUAUCUAGUAAACUGAAAACCAUUGCUUAUGAACAAACUGCAGUCUGUCCUCUUUAUGGCAAGAGUUUACCUGUAACUAAGAAGUGAACUACAAUUUUGAACUCCUUCAUUUGGCCUCUGAUAAAUCUGAAAGGUACCAUUUAGAAUAAAUGUGUGGUUGCUUACUGGGCCUGAUGUGUACCAGAUAAUGCAAGAACCAUUUUGAAAUGUUAGCUGUAGGGAGCUAUGAACAAAAUGUUGUGCAUGAAUAAGGAUACCAAUAAGUUUCCAUUCUUAAAUAGCAACUGUAUACAGGAUGAAAUGAGACUAGUGUCAAACCACAGUUCCUGUAUAUUUUGCAUUGUAAGCUUAAUUUUCCAGCUGCAAUAUUAAGUAGUUGCAUUACUCUCCAGUUUCAAUACAAAAAUAAUUUUGUUCUGUACAAUGCAGCAAUAAUUUGUAAACAUCACUGUGUGGCACACAUAGUUCUUAAAAUCAUAAACCUGUAGUCAAAACUUGAAUGUUAAACUAUUCCUGUCUUAAACUGAGGCAAAGGUGGCAGUAUCAUAAUUGAUCUAAAAGCUUCUAAAAACUUGAUGUAAAAAUAUUUUUAGACCUUUUAUCUUCUAAGAUGCACCUUUAUUAAUGGGGUAGGGGGAGAACCUGCAUCUGCUUCUAUAUCAUGAUUUGAAAUUUUAGGUGUAUUGAAACGAUUUGGUUUUGUAGAUGUCACUAACUUGGAUGAAGCAGCUGAGUAACUGCUGUGUAUGGGAGUUGCAUCUCCCUUCCAUCUCCUGCAAAACUGUGCUGAAUUCUUGCAGGCAGCAGCAGACCAGCUCUAGCCUUCUGUUCCUAUAGUACUUUUUUUGACCUGUUUCGGAUGUUUAAAUCUAUAAAGCCCUUUGGAAGGGCAGAUAAUGAGUGGGGUGGAGAGUGAGCAAACGACUAUGAAUGUAAACUUCCAGGUUUCGUUCUUCAAGAGCAAGCAUCUCAUUUUGCCAUAUUGCAGCUUCCAAAUGUCUGUCUUAGUUUUAUGGGUGUGGGGGGAGAAAUGAUUGUGAAUUCAGGUUAGCAUAAAAUGGUUUCAAUCAAGUAUUAAUACUGGGUGCAAACAUGUAAAGCAGCUGGUUCUUAUUCAGCCUUAAGGAUUAAUUUCAGAUUUUCCUCAAGGAGUAAAACUCAUCUGAGGAAUUUUAGGAAUGUAUUGCUACAAAACCAGAAGAAAAUUGCUUUUUUCUAAGGGUAUGAGUUUAAAAUAAAAUCGGGGCAUUAUGCUACACUUCUUCAGUGUUGAUUUUGCUAUUUAAAUUGUGGACUUUUUGAGCUUGUACCAAAGAUGUUUGAGGGGGUUAAAAGUAAUGAGAAAUUCACUUAUUAAAACAGAAUCUAGCAUCAGUAUGUAGAAAACUACUUUGACUCUGAUCCUGGAUAAACUUGUAGUUAGUUCUUUAAAUCCCAUUCCCAUCCUCCAAAUCAAAUGGGAAUAUUUGCUUUAAAUGAUUUUAGGAUCAGAGCAAUGAAAUUAACCUUAAUAGGAAAUAUAGCAAUGGUUCAGAACAAGUUUUGCUAAAGUAAAUUUUUUGAUACGAACCAAUUUGCUUCAUUCUAAUUGUGUUAAAUAAACCUACUAAGAAUACUUGUUCCUGGCAGCAUUGGUAAGAGUUGGUACUACAGAAACAAAGCUCAUAAGCAGUUAAUUGUUUUCUUCUGGAAUAAUUAAAGCCAAGCACAAAGUAGUUGCCUAAACUGGAAAACUUGAAGAUUUGUUACUGGUUCUCAAACUUUCAUAUACAUCUUAAUUGCAGUGAAAACAUGGGUGGUUUUACCUUCGGUGCAGAGUGUAUUGUAUCUCUUCUCUAAACUGGGGGCAUAAUGGAAUCUUCAUACAACCUCUGCAUUAGUUGAAUUCAUAGUUUUGUAUGACCCUUUUAAUUUCUUCCUCUAGGUAUGCUCUUUCAGUAGGUAAAAGGGGUACAUUUAAUUCUGAUUUUUAAAAAAAGAAAUCUCCAGUUUGGGGUGGAAACUAUGAAGUUGAAUGAAACAUGUGACAAAUGCAUCAAGUAACUUUUGCUACUGAACAAAAAUUAUGAACGUUUCAUUUUAAAUACCCUCUUUAAAGAAACCAGGUUUGGUCUUCUCCUUGGCUCAGUGUGGCCAUACAAACAAUGGCUUUAGACAGCUAUCUACAGCUUGCGAGUCAAAAUGCAAUCUGUAAGAAUUCCACUUUUAAAAAAAAUACAUCCAACUUCUGUGUUCAUGUGACUAUAAAGUGCAACUGAGUAUGUUUUUGAAUGGCGUUAACUUUGUCUGAUAAGUGAAUGAGUCUGUAGACUGUGAUCUCCCUGAAUAAAGUAAACAGGAAUUUUUGUGUUCGCAAUAUGGUUGUAGUGUUGGUAAAAGAACUAAUAAGCAGAAAAUAAAGCAAUUAUACAGUGCA